CGAUUGCAGAAAAUGGAAGACGCCCGCUCCGACGAGUAGCCGAUCAACAGUCACUUUACCAUACAAUUCCAAACUCUUUGGAGCCCUGCGGCAAAUUCCCUGGCUGCACCCAAAUCUCCCUCCCUCCACACAACCAAAUCCAAACCUUUUAACCUCUUCUUCCUGGUCAACAACCUUUCCUCUCCUUCUCCCCUCCUCUCCCCUCAAACAAACCUCUUUUCUCUACACCAAAAGCUUCACCCAGGGAACUUUCUCCCUCCGCUCCCCUCCAGCCUUUCUAUUCGAGUAGGCGCAAAAGCUGCCGCAUGUUGGCUGGCAAGAUGUUCUCCCUUCGCACUGCCGUGCGGAGAGCUUCCCCCAGCAAGCCCCUCCGCGCGCUCUCCGCACCGCUCGUCUCCUGCGCCAGGAUCGGCUCCCCCUCUGCCCGUCACUCACUCAAGGCUUCAGCCGUUCCCUUGUUGCAGGGUCGUCACUAUUCUCGAGCCACCGAUCCUCAGCUUUCGUCCACCCGCUCCACUGUCGUUCAGUUGCUGAGCAACAUCGGCUCCAAGCGGGAGGUCCAGCAAUACCUCUCCCACUUCACAUCCGUCUCCCAGCAGCAAUUCGCCGUCAUCAAGGUUGGGGGUGCUAUUAUCACUGAGCACCUUCAGACUCUUUCGUCCGCCCUCGCUUUCCUGAACCACGUUGGACUCUACCCCAUCGUUGUCCAUGGCGCUGGUCCUCAGCUCAACCGCAUGCUUGAGGAUGCCGGUGUCGAGCCCCAGUUCGAAGAUGGAAUUCGUGUGACUGACGGAAAGACAUUGGCUCUUGCCCGCAAGUUGUUCCUCGAGGAGAACCUCAAGUUGAUUGAGGAAUUGGAGCGCAUGGGUGUCCGGGCCCGCCCUCUGAAUGCAGGCGUUUUCACCGCCGACUACCUGGAUAAGGAGAAGUAUAACCUGGUCGGAAAGAUCAAUGGUGUGAACAAGAAGCCUAUCGAGUCUGCCAUCGAGGCUGGCUGUCUGCCCAUCCUAACCUCCAUGGCUGAGACCCCGGAUGGUCAAGUUUUGAACGUCAAUGCUGAUGUCGCCGCUGGUGAGUUGGCGCGUGCCCUUCAGCCUCUCAAGAUCGUCUACCUGGCGGAGAAGGGCGGUCUAUUCAACGGUGACACUGGCGAGAAGAUCUCCGUCAUCAACCUCGACGAGGAGUAUGAUCAUCUGAUGACUCAAUGGUGGGUGCGUCACGGUACGCGCCUGAAGAUCAAGGAGAUGAAGGACCUUCUCAGCGACCUUCCCCGCACUUCCAGCGUUGCUAUCAUCCAUCCCGCCGACCUGCAGAAGGAACUCUUUACCGACUCUGGAGCCGGUACUUUGAUCCGUAGAGGCAACAAGGUCCACACCAAGACUUCCCUGUCUGAAUUCGAGGAUUUGGACAAGCUUAAGGACGUCCUCGUCCGCGAUCGCGAAGGCUUGGAUGCCCGGGCCACUGUUGAUCGUUAUGUUGAGGGUCUGAAAGAGCGCGAAUUCAAGGCUUAUUACGAUGAGCCCAUGAAUGCGCUCGCUGUUGUGCUGCCCCCUCAGCAGGAUGCCACCUCUUCCCUUGCACACUUGGCUACCUUCACCAUCACCAAGUCCGGCUGGCUUACCAACGUCGCUGACAACGUCUUCGCCGCUAUCAAGAAGGAGUUCCCCAAGCUUGUCUGGACGGUGAAGGAGGAUGACGAGAACCUGACUUGGUUCUUCGACAAGGCUGAUGGCAGCCUUAGCCGCGAGGGAGAAGUUCUGUUCUGGUACGGUGUUGAGAGCGGUGAGGAGGUGAAGCAGCUCGUUCAGGAGUUCAACGAGCACGGCCGUCAAAUGUUCGGAGACAUCAACCUCGAAUCGAGGCUGCACCGUGCUGCUCAGGCUGCCACCCACAUCGGUAAGGGUUUUGGUGCUAGCGGUGCCUCUACUGAGCAGAGACGUGCUUUCUCUUCGACCACCAACGCUCUCCGUGCUGCUCGCUCUGGUCGCCCUACUGUGCCUGUGCAGGCUUUCAGGACUUAUGCCACCACCAACCCUAACCCCCCUCUUGGAGAGAAGAACAUGUCCAACACACGUCCUUCCAAGGUUGCCCUGAUCGGAGCUCGUGGUUACACUGGUCAGGCUCUCAUCAACCUGAUCAACGCUCACCCUCACUUGGAUUUGCGUCACGUGUCUUCCCGCGAGCUAGCUGGCAAGCAGUUGCAAGGUUACGAUAAGCGUGAGAUCAUCUACGAGAACCUUAGCCCCGAUGAUGUCAAGCGCAUGUCUGCCAACGGUGACGUUGACUGUUGGGUCAUGGCUUUGCCCAAUGGUGUUUGUAAGCCAUUCGUCGAUGCUGUGGACCAGGGUUCCGAGACCGGCAACGUGAUUAUUGACCUCAGUGCCGAUUAUCGCUUCGAUGAGAAGUGGACGUAUGGUCUCCCUGAACUGGUCAGCCGCUCGAAGAUUGCUCAGGCUACCCGGAUUGCCAACCCUGGAUGCUAUGCUACCGCAGCUCAGAUUGGAAUCGCUCCUCUCGUGCCGCACCUCGGUGGACAACCCACGGUCUUCGGCGUUUCCGGCUACUCUGGUGCUGGCACCAAGCCCAGCCCCAAGAACGACGUCGAAAACCUCACGAACAACAUUAUUCCCUACAGCUUGACUGAUCACAUCCACGAGAAGGAAAUCAGCUCGCAGCUUGGCACCAGCAUUGCCUUCAUUCCCCACGUUGCAGUAUGGUUCCAGGGAAUUCACCAAACCAUCAGCAUCCCCCUCAAGGAGGAGUUGACUUCCCGUGAUAUCCGCAACAUUUACCAGGAGCGCUACGCCGGUGAGAAGCUGGUCAAGAUUGUUGGCGAGCCUCCGCUUGUGAAGAACAUUGCCGGACGCCACGGCAUUGAGGUUGGUGGCUUCGCCGUUCACUCCAGCGGCAAGCGUGUUGUUGUGUGCGCCACUAUUGAUAACCUGCUCAAGGGUGCUGCCACCCAGUGUCUGCAGAACAUGAACCUUGCCCUCGGCUACGGCGAGUACCAGGGCAUUCCCCUUGAUUAGCCUUUUCCAUUUGUCAUCUUAAGCACCAUGUAACAUCCAUCCAGUCGAAGGAUAAAAAUAUAAUCCUUCGAAUACAGGAAAAUCGUUUCUUUUCGACGUCGCGGAAGUAUAGUCUCAUGUUUCGUCUUUUGAUCUUUCUUGCAUGUCU